UUUAAUACUCGUCCAGUUAUAUUACAGCUGACGGGCACAUUGGCCACUUGUCGGAUCUGGUGGUGGUAAUUACCACUGUCCGUUUCUAAAUCUAGCGAUUUAAUCCACAGUGCUGUUGGGAUGUAAAUGUUAUGACAGCGAUACCUAGCAGACAGACCAGGGCGAUAGCCGUGCAUAGGGUCGUUACCGAUAAUCACUAUUGUCGCGCACCUGUUGGUGGUGCUGGCUAUUGGAACGGUAGCUACGAGAGCUGUCUCAUGAUAUAGAAGCCUGCUGAUACGACGGGCACGCGCUCACGAGCUACUGGUGUGUGGUGAUACAGCCCACAGUGGGUAUAACGGAUCUCAGCGCCUGUGUAUAGGCAGUGCUAUACAGUGAGCAAGAGAAGACGAUUCGCCGUCACUGGGUUGACGGUUCUCAUACGUUGGGCGGUGUAUCGGACGGGAGCCGUGUAUAAGAUAUACACGCGCGCGCUGUAGAGAAGGUUGUGAUUCCGAUGCUGGAUCGCGCGGGAGUUGUCAGUGUGUAAUAAAGUGGCAUGUCACAUACUCGUUACGUAGUCGGUGACACAACUGACACGGUAAGGGGUAUCCACUUGAAACUUUGUUUGUAGACAUUAAAUCAACAGGCAUCGCUUAAGCAAUACUCGUCAACAGCGCUAAAUAGCGCAAUGUCACAUCAACUGUAACGAUACAGAUUAAUGCAUGGCUGAGGCAAAUUGUCGACGGUAGAAUUAUCAGAUAACUGUUAAAAAAUGAAAUAAAUGCAGCAAUUGUUCGACAUUGGAUAGAUUAAAAAAACCUUCGACGAAAUCAGAGUUUAUAGAGUGUAGAAAUAAAGGACUGAACCAAUCCGUCAUCAUGCUUAACAGCACCUUGUCUCGAGGUGGCGUGGAUAGGGGUUCGAUACAGGAUUACAAUGUAGGAGGUAAUGGCGGACCAAACCUAACCAACAUUAACACAGAGGAUUUUAUUAUACAGAAUACAACGAAUUUUCCAUUACAUAGUGAAACGACCGAUUUCAGUUAUUCGGAUUUUUGGCCUUUUAUAUCGUGUGAAGAUAACGAUACGGUAGGCUGCAACGAGUCCUUACGUUUGACUAACAUAUCCAUGCUGAAUGAGACUGGGUCCUUCAAUGGCACCCUGGCGGAGGAGGGGCUGGAGUACCGGUACUGGACCUUAUUUCUCCUCACGUUUCCGUUUUUCACGGUGUUUGGAAACGUUCUCGUUGUGAUGAGUGUGUAUCGCGAACGGAGUCUGCGCACUGCCACCAACUACUUCAUCUGCUCCCUGGCUGUAGCGGAUAUCAUGGUUGCCGUCAUGGUGAUGCCUCUAGCUGUGUACAUGGAGGUAGUCCAGAUGUGGUUGCUAAGUGCUCCUCUGUGUGACGCGUGGGUGGCCUCUGACGUCAUGGCGUGCACAGCUUCCAUUCUUAAUCUCACCGCAAUCAGUGUUGACAGAUUCAUUGCUGUUACACAGCCAAUAAAAUACGCCAAACAUAAAAAUUCAAAGCGUGUAUUUGUGACGUUAGCCCUGUGUUGGAUCAUAUCUGUAGCCAUUGCAGCGCCCAUUGCACUAGGUGUUAAUUAUUCUGAUUUACGGAAGCCAGGAUAUUGUGCGUUCUUUAAUUCUGACUUCCUUAUUUGUUCUUCAAUGGGGUCAUUCUAUAUCCCGUCACUGAUAAUGAUAUUUCUGUACUGGAGGAUAUACCGCGUGCUACACUUGCGGACACGUGCACAAGCGAGAUCAAAAAGAGCUCGACAAAUAAAGCACGAAACAUCGUCUACCAACGUUAUAGCCAACCCAGCGACAGUGACCGCUAUGAAAAUAGAACCUACCGUUACAACCGGUCUGGCCAAAAGUGUGGAUAACGGUAAGCUCGCCACGUAUAACACAAACAACAAAAACAACCAAACCAAAUUGUCAAUUCCAAUCACAGAAUGUGAUGACGUGUCAGUCACUAAUGUGGGCACAAACACCGACUCCCAGUCGAGUGAGCGAUUCAACGAAGACGACAAUGUGCCAAAAACACCGGGAAGUGACGGUGAAAUCGAUAUAGACGAUGAUAACGGAGACGAAAAAGGUAGUGGCGCAUUAAUUGUUAACCGCGUGGCCGUACGGGAGGUAGAGGUGCAAAUAGGUGGAAACGGAAAUGGUACUUGUAAUACGACAUUGUGCACGGAAAAUGAGACAAAGUUUGGUACUCCUAUACAAAGAGUAGUUAUAGACCAGGCUAGUGACGACAAUGUGUGUAUACGGUCACCUGGCAGGAAAGGACUCCCCCACCGCAGAAAGGACAAGAAAGGGGGAGCGAAAUUUAACUUCCACAUGCGCACGAGCCGAAAAAGGAAAGAAAAAUCAUCAUCGAAAAGAGAAAAGAAGGCAACAAAAACACUAGCUAUUGUAUUAGGGGUGUUUCUGUUUUGCUGGGUACCUUUCUUCACCAUUAACAUAAUUAAUGCUAUUUGUAUUCGGUACGAACUAUUUAGUAGUCCUAUGUGUAAUAUAGAUAACUUUUUAUUUAAUUCUUUUGUCUGGUUAGGUUACAUCAACAGUUUCCUUAACCCUGUCAUCUAUACGAUAUUUAACCCAGAAUUUAGGAAAGCUUUCAAGAAAAUCCUCACAGAGAGAUGCUAGCGAAUAGCAUGAAACGGAUGAUAUGGAAUGUGUGUGUUAGAAUGUGGAACAAGAUAUUUUGUCUCGAAGAUAUGUAAUUUGAAAAUUUACGUUUCAUCUACAAAUACCGUUAUGUGCACGUAAUGUUAUGUUGUUAUAUUAUCUCAAAGCAUGGUUUGAUACUUUGUUAAAGUUAAAAAAUAUCAUUUAUUUUUCGAUGAUUGUACUGACUUCACGCUGUACUCCUCGCCAGACGAAUUCGUACGUACAGUCACCACACGGUGAUACCAUAUGUAACCCAUACAAGCCUGAAGUAGUGUUCUAUGAUUUGGAAAAUAUUGAAUAUGUUUGUGCCACAAUAGCUCGGUUUUCCAUUACAAGUGUUAUAGUGGUUAUAUAGUGAUUUUGCUAAAUUAAAUAUCGAUGUUACAUACAACUGAUUCCUUUAAACCUUGUACGGCACAGAAAAUGUUAUUAGAGAUUGUUACUUUAAAACCUUGUACGGCACAGAAAAUGUUACUUGAAAUUGUUACUUUAAAACCUUGUAUGACACAGAAAAUAUUACUUGAGACUUACUUUUGUGCCAUGAAUGCUACAGAAAACGUUACAAAAGACAGUUAUUUUUGACUCUUUAUGCCAUAGGAAAAAUACAAGGACGUAUUUUAUAUCUUGUAUGACACAGGAAAUGUUACAAAAUAAAAACACUUUUUGAAAUUUGUUUUGUCACAGAAAAUUAUACCUACGGCUAACUGUUAAGUCUUGUACAGUAAGAUACGUAAUUGUUUCCUUAAGACUAAUUUUUGAAUUGUGUAUGACACAGAAUUUGUAACAUUAGACAUUUGGUUUCAAGUAUUUGUAUAAGGUAACCGUCUUUCUCCUACAACCACUCUAGGCCUCCUCACUCCCAACUCAUUUGAUUAUAAGGUCCGUGUCUACUAGAUGACGUUACUACAUGUAUAUUACAGUUAUCUUAAAUGUUACGUUACAUGGUACAGUAUGUAUACCUAGAAAAACAAUGUGUAGUCUGUGGACCUAAGUUCCGGAAUUCGAUUCAAAAUAAUCAAUUUGAUGCAUCAUCAAAAUAGAAGAAGAAAAACGUAAUUUUAAAGGAGUAAUUUUUCCGGGUGUAUAUUUUUCCAAAUACUACAUUUACAUUGAGUUUGUUCCACCAUGUUCAUAUCAGUACGUAAAUAACCAUACUAUCCUUGAAACACUUUACAAGACAAUACACAGCUAACUGUCACAUCAUUAUGUAUAUAUAUCACUGAUAUAUAUUUCAGUUUAUAUU